CUUUUGACCGAUUGAUUAUCGCACUACAUCCUUGUUCCAACAACUUGGUGACCAGCCAUUAUGCAGCUGCACUCUCUUUCCAAAAUCCUGCUGUUGCUGGUAAUCGUUCACCGUUCGCACGGUCAAUUUCCACAAGUCAAGGAUCGCCAUUCUUUGACAGAAGAAGACUAUCUCCGACAGCAACCGUCGCUUCUCCGGGGUAGUUCUAAUCUACCGCUCUCGCGUUCCAAUCUCUUGGUUAGACAACGGAAUAGCUUUGGUCAACACCAGCAACGAACGCGGAGAGAAAAGGAAGACGAGGAUGACGACGACCAAGACGAUGAGAUCGAUCAGCCUGAAACCGAUGAGCUCUCGUCCGACUUUCCCACAGGUAUGCCCAGCGUUGUCGAUUCUCCGAUGAACGAAUCUCCGGGCGACCAACCUUCGUCGUCCCCACGAGCGAUUCCGUUGGAGCCAUUUUCGUUGAAGGUGCAGAAUUCCGACGAGUGGGAUGUGGAUUUGGCCACGGAUUCGCUCGAAAAGUACUUAUUCACCAAUCUCGUCGUCGAAAAUGGAGUCGAAUCGGUUACUUUGAACUUGGUCGAUGUGGUGGUAGAUUCCGUGAACGAUGUGGCGACUUCCUUGACGUCAACGGAACCGAAUACCCGACGAGCGCUGCAGUCACAAAAUGUAACGCGCAGUUUGACGACCCUGGAAUACCAGGGCACAGUAACCGUGAUGGAGUCCGAAACCACUGUUGCACCAGCAGACAACAAAGAGUCCUUGUGGUCCCAGCAAUCGCGGCUGCUGCAAGACAAUGCCGACGUAGUCAGCACCGUCGUAAAUCAGAACCAAGGUAACCCUGCGAUUCUCGUCGGCGUGGCGGUUGGUGUCGACGGCUCAUCGUCGGCAGCGUCCAAUGCAGACGCGAACGACGAAGGCCCACGGACUGGAUUGGCAGUUGGAUUGACGUUCCUGUUCUUGGCAAUGGCGGUGGGUGGUCUGGUCUACUGGAAGCGUCGGCAUCGCCAGCUCGGAGAGCCGGAGGCGCCGAAAGAAAUGGCGGCAUCUAGUGACGAUUCGGAUUCCUCUCCAACCGGCGACAAGGACGGCUUGCAUUCCGGCAACCGCAGCAGCGCUGUAACGACCACGGCUCGAGAAACGGACCACGAUUCCGACGAUGACGACGUGGACUGGGUUGCGGGGAAGAAGCCGUUGUACAACAUGCUUUCCAUCGUUCGGCCCUCCGUUUCCACUGACGCGAGACGAGCGGUUCAUACCAACCCGUGGCUGUCGCCGAGCAGCAGCGACGAUCUCCGUCCCGACACGCUCGAAUACUGCGCGAGCGACGAUUCAUCCCUUUAUACGAGUAACACGACGAGCCCCCAGGGCGGCGCCAGUGACGACGGAUGGGAACUAGCCCUCGGUCAAGGCCAAUUUUAG